CGCACCGUAAAGAAUUUCUUAUCUUCUUUCUCAACCGUAGAACUCGAAAGAAUGCAAGACAAAACGGAAAUUGAACGAAAGAAACGUACUUCAUGGACUUCACACCACCGUAUUAGGAUAUGGCGAGCUUGGUGUUGCCUUCAAACGGUGCGCACGUUAGCUUCAGGAGGUCACGGUCGGCGGCUUGUGUCAGGAAUGGUGGGAGGCAGAGAAUGACGGUGAGAUGCGGGAUCGGGGAUCUGAUAGGAGGGGAUCUGGCGAAGCUGGAUCUGGGCCGUUGGUUGGACGACGUGGAGAAGCACAAGGCGCUGGCGAUAUACACCCCGCACGAGGGAGGGUACGAGGGGCGCUAUCUUACGCGGCUGAGGUACCAGGGCUACAAAUUCCUGGAUCUCUCUGCUCGAGGGCUUGGCGAUCCCGAAACUACCCUUACCAAGAUCCACCCCGUCUGCCCUGCCCACUUAGGAAGGCAGCCCAUCGCAAGAUGGUAUUUCCCGCCAGAGGUUGAUUACAGACUAUCUUUGCUACCUUCCAAUGCCAAAGGGCUUGUGGUCUGGAUCAUUGAAGCUAAGGUUCUAUCAAAAGCUGAGCUGCAGUUCCUAGCAUUGCUUCCAAGCCUCCGCCCCAAAGUCAAGGUCAUUGCUGAAUGUGGAAACUGGAGAAAAGUCAUGUGGAAACCACUCAAAGAAAUUGCAGGACUAACUCAAGAUGGUGCAUCAUCUCCAGUCUCAACUCAAGGAAUGUCCUAAGAACUUCAUAUAUGUUAAAGGAAGAUGCAUGUAACAAUGGAAAAUAAAAAAUUCUAUGAGUUCUUACUAUCACGUACUUGUAAUUAUUAUCUUGGCUGUGUAAUCCAAUCAGUCCAUUGAAUUUGUAAAAAUUACAAAGUUGUAGCUUC